AAUGAGAGCAUGUUAGACAAGCCAAAGAUGGAAAACAUAAUGCCCAUGGGUAGGGUAAUGGGUUGCAAUAUGCGCUAAGCAGCAUGCGAGGCUGGCGAGUUGAAAUGGAGGAUGCACCUACAGCUGUGAUUGGUUUGCCAAGCGGACUUGAAACAUGGUCAUUCUUUGCUCUGUAUGAUGGGCAUGCUGGUUCUCAGGUUGCCAAAUACUGCUGUGAGCAUUUGUUAGAUCACAUCACCAAUAACCAGGAUUUUAAAGGGUCUACAGGAGCACCUUCUGUUGAAAAUGUAAAGAAUGGAAUCAGAACAGGUUUUCUGGAGAUUGAUGAACACAUGAGAGCUAUGUCAGAGAAGAAACAUGGUACAAAUAGGAAUGGGUCAACAGCUGUGGGUGUCUUCAUUUCUCCUCACCAGACUUAUUUCACUAACUGUGGAGACUCGAGUGGUUUCCUUUGUAGGAACAGGAAAAUUCAUUUCUUCAUACAAUAUCACAAGUCAAGUAAUCCGCUGGGAAAAGAACAGAUUCAGAGUGCAGGUGGUUCUGUAAUGACUCAGCGUGUGAAUGGCUCUCUGGCUGUAUCGAGGGCACUUAGGGACUUUGAUUACAAAUGUGUCCGUGGAAAAGGUCGUACAGAGCAGCUUGUCUCACCAGAGCCUGAAGUCCAUGAUACUGAAAGAUCUGAAGAAGAUGAUCAGGAGAAACCAAGAUGGUGGCAUAGGUAAACACCUGAAAUUGCUGCCUCGCACAACCACUUCAAAAAU